AUGCGCUGUCUGGGUGGAAAUCGAGAAUCCCAAGAAGGUGCACAACGAGCGAUGUUGAUUUUGUGUGAGCUACUUGAUAUGCUGGGUCGGAUGCAAGAUCAACUCAACUGGGCGGAAGAUAAAUGGAUCGUCGAUCCAUCUCGUCUGCGGAACCUCGACGAGUUUAUCCGCUGCUUCGAGUCAACGAUUGGGACGAUCGAGAAUUAUUUCCAGCCGGGGGGUAUCAGCGCUCGCUCGUUUAGGAAACGCUUGUUGGAAAAUACGUUCAUUCCCAGAUUGGAGCACUUUAAGGUUAUGAUGGUCCUGAUUAUGCAACCCGAGUCACGAGAGAAGUCCCAAGUCGAAGCGAAACUCCGAGAUGUGCUUCGACAGUUCUACGAGAUGGACUCAGAUUCAAUAAGAGUCAACACACCAAGCGCAGACGACCAUCACGCGAUAACAGGUCAAAUGACCACCAAGAGUUUCAUGAGACUGGAAGAUAUAUGCAAUAGACGGCAACGAGGAACGUGUGAAUGGAUUUUUGAGAAUGAUACCUACACAAAAUGGCUUUUUGGCUGUUGCAGAACACUUUACUGCGUUGGACCAGCGGGUGCUGGCAAGACUUUUCUGGCUUCCGCUAUCAUUGACAACCUGCAAAAUGCAUUUGCAUCUGCAGAUGUGGGUGUGAUUUUUAUUUUUGGCCAUGAUGAAACAGACGAAGAUGCAAGCUCUGUGGGCUUUCUCGACAAAAUACUUGCGCAGCUUGUGAAUCGAAAGAGAACACCCUCUCGUGUGACGGCCUCGCUAUACCAAUCCAAAGCUUUUGCGGAGGGAAAAGUGUCAGCAAAGACGUAUCAAGAUGCUAUUCGUGCUGAAGUCAACAGAUUCUCGCGAGUUCUGUUCAUUGUCGAUGGGAUUGACAUGCACGUGGAGAAGGACAGGAUUUUGAACCGCCUCCAAAAACUUCCAGAUCAUGCACAGAUUCUGGUUACCACACGGGAAGCAAAGUAUGCAUCCAAAGAUGAGCACAUAUCCAUUCUGGCUAGCAGUAUCGAUCUUGAAACAUACGUAUCCGCCCGCAUUGAACAAGACGGAGGAUUGACUGCUUUAUUAAAGCAAUACGCCCCCGAGCUGAAGGUUGCUGUUAUUCAGCAAGUUGUUUUGAAGUCACAUGGUUUAUUCCUAUUGGCUCGACUAAAUAUCGAUCUCUUGUCCCGAUGCACAGAUGGUAAUCUCCUACAGCGAUCUCUUUUCCAUCUACCAGAGAGCUUAAGUGACGCGUAUGGCGAGUCCAUGACCCGAAUUGUCAGCCAAAACCCAUUUGCUAGCCGAUGUCUCUACUGGACGCUCUAUGCCCAGAGGCCCUUGACUGUCUCGGAGCUAACGUUCGCUGCAAGCUUUGAGCUUCAAGGAAAUAGCAAUCCGAAGGAAUCUUUAUAUUCUGCACAUACGAUGCUCUAUGAAGCUGCCGGCUUAUUGACUAUUGAUGCGAUGAGUGGAACCGUUCAUUUGGUUCACAAAACGGCUAAAGAAUACCUCAGCGGGCCAGCAGCUCGAGUAUUUUUCCCAACUGCCAAGGCAAAUAUAGCAGAUGUCUGUCUCACGAUCAUCACGCCUGAUGAAGUGAUUGAUGAUUGCUACGUUACUCAAGGAGCGAUGCCUCCCAAAAAACGCGGCAAACUGCUUGAUUAUGCCACCGCAUACUGGGGAAUUCACGCCCGCGAGGUCGGCGAAGAUGAGCAAACCACACAAGUUCUCAUCCGAGCGUUUCUUAACAAGUUAUGCUGGAGGAGACCUCCUACAACAGAUUCUUGCGCUUUCGGGCUGGAAAUUCCGAAGCAGCUGGGUUUCGGAAAGUACUUUCCUGACUGGACUUCUCUGCAUGUACUUGCUUAUUUCGGCAUCGUUGGAAAGGCGAGGCGGUUAAUUGAGCAAGGCGCCGAUAUCAACGAUUGUGAUAACCAUCUCGGCAUCACCCCUUUACACUGUGCGGUUUACCGGGGCAAUGAGGAAAUGGUUGAAGUCCUCCUUAAUUCCAAAGCCAACAUCAAUGCCACUUGCAAGAAUGGGAAAACUGCCUUGCAUAUCGCUGGUGAGCAGGGUCACCGAAAGCUGAUCAAGUUCUUGCUUCAUCGACGAGUCAACUCCAGGACAGCAACCCAGCAAGGAGCAACAGCGCUUCAGUUAGCUGUUGGAACAACCCAUGAUGAGGCGACCGUGCCACUCUUGAUUAAAAGCCGGUUUGACAUGGAUGUUCAGAACACCGUGACUGGAAACACUGCACUCCAUCUCGCAGUUGAACUAAGGCGACCGCGUAUUCUUGCAUUCCUUUUGGAGAAGGGUGCUAGCAUGAACAUCUUGAACAGAGAUGGACUUACUGCCCUUCAACUCGCUUGCAAAACAGACAAUUGCGACGCAGUAUCUCUUUUCCUGGAACGCGGCGCUCAAUUGGAAACCCGCUCGUCCCACGGAGCGACCGCCCUUCACAUCUCUGCGUUGAAGGGUAACUGGGUUGCGUUUGAUCUGCUAGUCAUCGGAGGCGCAGAUAUCAAUGCGUGGGAUAGCGAGGGUGACUCCUUGCUUCACAAGCAAGCCCGUGCACUUUCCACAGUUUCUAUUGCGGCGCAUCUGAUCGCACAAGGUGCAAACAUAGAGGCGUGCAACUCGCAGGGAUACACGCCCUUACAAUGCGCUGCCGCAACUGGAAACAAAAUAAUGUUUCUUUUCCUAGUAGAACAAGGGGCAAGGCUCGAUGUUCAAACGGCCAAGGGAGAAACACUUCUCCACAUCACACCUCCGCUUAAUCAAGACUGCCUUGACAUUGUGGAAGCACUACUGGAAUUCCAAUUCAGCGCUAACGCAACAACAUGCAGUGGCUUGACACCGCUGCAUCAUCUUAUCAUUAAUGCAUUUGACUCACCAGAUCUCUUAUCUGAAAAUACUGCCACUUUCCUUUCAUUACUCCUAUCUCAUGGCGCCAAUAUAAACGCCCCAACGGCAUCUCACAACGCCGAGACGGCACUUCAUCUUGCAGUGAUUGCGAAGACGCCACGAGAAUCACUGAUAUCACUGCUUAUCAAGAAUGGCGCUUCGCUAGAUGCUAAAACAUCCGAGGGGAAAACCCCGCUACAUCUGGCCGCAGAACGUGGCCGCCUUAAUAUUUUCCAAAUACUGUUAGAUGCGGGCGCAGAUCCUUCAAUCAAAGACGCCGGGGAGACCCCAACCAACGACAAAAUUGAAGGAGAUGGUCAGACUGCCAUAGAUCUCGCUCGCAAAAACCCAGUCAGCAUGCUGUGGUUUGAUGAUGCGGGCAAGCUGCAGUCACUACCACCGCUACAGCAACGCAGAAGUAUGGCCACUACCAUCGAUUCGGUUGAUAUUCACUCCGAAAUUGGUGAAAUAGGGGGUUCGACUUUGGUUGGUGAGGACUACUCGGCUUGGGGAUCGAGAGCAUCCACAACUUCUAUCGACCGUCCAUCCAUCGUCUCUUCUUCUUGUUAA